AUGAAAGCGGACAACUUCAACCUCAAGUACGGCGCCCCUUUGUACCAACCGAAGAGUUCCAGUUCCAGGAGCCACUCGCAGAACCAACCGCAGGCCCACAUCGGCAACAUCGGCCAUCUGACAACGUCCUCGCUGCUGACGAGCGACGACCUGCGUCAUCUCGCCCAGCAGCGCUCCACAGGAUACUCCGACCGGGAGAGCAUCGCCAGCGUGAGCAGUGCGGGCGGCCGCAUUAAGCGUCGAUCGAGAAACUUCCCGAUGAAGUCCUCGAAGGGCGGCAUCAGCAAGAAGAGCAAGACCAUGGAUUACACCAACUACGCCUACAACGAGGCCGUGGGCCGUCUCAAGGUGAUGCUGGCGGACAACUCCUACGUGGCUCCCAAACUGGGUGGCGGGGUGUCCUCCUAUUUGCGCAACUUCAAUGAGGAUUCCGGGGACAACUUCUCUGAUAAUUUAUCGGCCAUUGAGCGUCCCGUCUUCUCGGACAUUUCCAAGUAUUUGUCGCCUAGCCAGAAGACACGGAUGACCUCGUAUCGCCCCAAGAAGAGCUACACUUCGGGGUAUCUCUCGGCUUCCAAGGAGAACCUGGCCUCACCAUCGGUCCACUAUCCGAGUACCUCCAUUCCGACUGCCCCUCUUCCAUCGGACAGUGUCUCGGCUCCCGUGGAGAUUUUUAGUUUUAUUGAAAAGCAGGAGGACUACAUUGAGCAGCUGGAGAAGGAGUCCAAGUACUGCCGCAGCGAGCUGACCAAUUUGCUAGGCAAAGUCAAGGACGUGAUUAACGAGAACGAGCAACUAACGGAGAAUGCACGAUCCGAGCUGGUGGCUCUUGGCUCAGGCAAGACUCAACAGCCGAUGGCCACCACCAGUCCUUCCUCGGACAGCGACGAGCAUUUGGUCUACGCCAGUGGCCGAAAGACCCCGACAACUCCCAGAAAAGGCGCUUCCAAGGGACAGGUGCAGAGUCCCCGCUACGCGAGUGCCCCCAACAUUGUUUACGAGGCCAGAAUCAGCGAACUGGAGGCUGAGUUGAUGCAAGCCAGCAUCGAUUUAAGACGUCUGCGCACCGAAAACGAGGAGCUCAAGCGGAAACUGGCGCACACCGAUCCCCUCUCCGCGGUGGCCACUUUGGGUUCUAGUGGGGGAUCCAACUGCGAUCUGCACCGCAAGCAGCUGGAGACUCUGCAGCAGGACAAGCUCAACCUCGAGGAGAGCGUGCGCCAGUUGCAACGGCUCUUGGAUGAGGCCAAAUCCCAUAGCCAGGGCAGCGCCUCCUCCAAGCGCUACAUCAACGAUCUGGUUCAAAUGGAGCGUUCCCAGGCGGAGUUGGAGGUGCGACACCUCCGCGACGAGUUAGACCGCCAGCACGAGCGCGUUCGGGAGCUGCAGCAUGAGAUGGCCCGUCGGUUGGCCGAGGAGCGGGCCAGCGCCGAGCGACGCUACAACAGCCAGGUGGAUCAGCUGGGCGGUGACCUCAGCUGCCAGUGGGAACAGGUGGCCAAGCUGCAGUUGGACCUGGAGCGUCAGAAGCGCUACGAGACCGAUCUCAAGCGGGAUAUAGCCAGUCGCAAUUCGCAAAUCGAGGAGCUCAAGAUGGAACUGAGGGCUAACAGGACGACCUUCCUGGCGGACAUGGCGCAAGUGAAUGCGGAGAAGCAGUCCCUGGAGCAGGACAUCACCUCGCUGCGUCUUCAGCUGGAUCGGGCUGCCAGGGAGACUAAGACAGAGGCGGCCCGCCUUACUGCUGAGAUAAACUCCCUUAGGCAGCGUCUUGAUCGCGGGGAUGCCGACUUGCUGCACUCCAAGAGGGAGGUUCUGCGGCUCAACGAUGAAAUAGCCAACUUGGAAAAGGAGCUGGCUUAUGGAGAGCUAAAGAACGAGAUACGACCCACCAAGAAGGACCUGGACAAGCGGAUCUCCGAAAUGCAGGAAAAGCAUGCGGGAACGGUAAAUGAGCUUGAGGAAAUGAUAACAUCUCAGAAGCAACUCAUGGAUAAACUGACGAGCGAGUGUAAGACCCUAACGGGCAAAUUAGAGGAUACGACCUACAAGCACAACCAGGAGAAGCAGCAGCUGCGUGCCACAAACGAGCAGCUGAUGUCGCGUCUCAGACAGAUCUGGGCCAAGUACAAGUCACAAUUGCCAGUGCACCAGGGAUCCCCAGAGCCUAGCUCUGAGGAGAUGCAGGAUGGGCACCCACUAGAUACUCCGACGCCGCUUACGACUACCAGGCAGCGACAUAUGGCACCACAAUCGAACCCAUACAAAGCACCCCACAACCACACAACAGCGCCGACGACGACUACACGGUUGGAUCUGGAUCAGGAGCAGGAUCAGGCGGCGGAGCAGGAUCCGGAGCGGGAACAGGUGUUGGCGCCGGAGCCAGUGCCUCAGCAGCUGCAACAGCUGCAGCCAGCAUUGCUGCGGGAGCAGCUGCAUCAGCUGCAGCGGCAACAGGCCGCAAGAGCAGCCUCAGCAACGGCAAGGGCCUGCUCUCCGACUAUGGACUCCACGAUAACGAUGACGAGAAUCUCAAGGACAACCUUGGCCUGGGCGAGAAGCAGCAACAGCAACAGCAGCAACAGCAAGAGCAGGAACGGCAACGGGAACGGGAGGAGCGAGACCGGGAGCUGCAGCAACUACGUGAGCAGCGGGAGAAGCGCGAAAGGGAGCGCGAACGGGAGCGGGAACGGGCCGAGCAGGCCGAGCAGCAGCAAGCGGAGCAGCAGCCAGCACCAUCAUUGGCCGAGAGCAGCAUCGCCAACGCCGGCAGCGCCAACCUGGCCGCCUACAACACCGACUACAGUGCCUACGACCAGCAGCAGUACGAGGCCGGGGCCUACGAUCCCAAUGCCUAUGCCCAGCAGCAGUACGAGGGCCAGCAAUAUGACUACGGCGAUGCCGGCGGAGGCUACGAUUACGGAGCAGCUGACUACGGGCAGUCUGGAUACCAGUAUGAUGCCUCGCCGGCAACCACCGCUGCCGUUCAGCCUCAGUCCCAGCCGCAGCAGUACCAGGCGCCAGUUGCUCCCCAGCGAGUGGCCACGGACUACAACAGAUCGCCACCGCCGCUGGCAGCGGCGACAGCGGGCAUCACGUCCCCGCCAGGCACAGCCGCAGGAUCAGCAGGAGGAGGAGCAGCAGCAUCAGGAUCAGGAGCUGGGUCGGGAGCCCCACCAUCAUCUGCCGGAGCGAGCCGACCACAACCGCGCCCGGGCAGUGGAGCUUUGGGGUCAGCAGCUGCUGCUGGAGCAGUCGCCGGCGGAAAAUCCGCUCUGCCACAACAGUCUGCCCCGACAGCCGCCGGCAAGAAGUAGCUGGAGUCCCGAUUGCGAGGACCUUCUGCCGCUGGAGUGCUCGAUCAGCAGUCCCAGCCUAAUGCGCUCCUCCAACGAUGAGACUUGCUCCGAGCUGGCCGAUCUCAGCGAGACCUAUCUGAUUCUGCCCGAAGAAGGCUCCGAGCAGAGCCUAUCACCGGCCCACACCACCAUCAUAACGGCGCGGAGGUCAAGUGCUCCGGCCGUGGUCCAGCAGGAGGAAGCGGUCAACGAAACGGUCAUCAUCGAGCGCCACUUAGAUGCCCACGGAUAGGGGUUAGCACCGAGUUCUCCAGCAAUCAGUUUCUUCAGUCAACAUACGUACUUCUACUCAUGUGUUCCAGGA